AUGUCAUGGGCCAGUGAAUUACCAGCUGAAUUACUAUGUCGACCUACUGGAUUGGUGGUUUUAACUGGUUUAGAUAUUACCUAUAAUGCUAUACACAAAUCUAUCUGGGAUUCAUUCUGUAAUAACAGGAGGUCAGACAGAGUACCAUUAAAAUUUGAUGUCCAAGAAGCUGAUCAUGUUUACCCUAAGAGUAAACAAAAGAGAACAUCAUAUCAAUGGCACAUACCGAAAGGUAUAUUGAAAAGAACAUGGAUGACCAAACAUUUAAAUGAAGUACCAGCAGUUGUUGUGGUAUUCUAUGAUUUAGAUUGGGAUGAAUUCCUAUGGAAAGAAAAGCAGAUGGAAUGUGCCACUAGAGUUGAAAUUGUUAGAAAUAGUUUACAAGGACAAGGAACAAAGGUUGCUGUAGUUUUGAUACAGAAAAACACUCCAUUGCCACCAGGAGAAGAUGUGAUGGCAGCAGAAAGAGCCUCAUCAUUAUGUAAUAUGUGUGAUAUCUCAGCUAAAUCACUAUAUGUUCUACCACAUACAGACCAUCUUAUAGGUUAUACUAUUAGAUUAGAGAAUGCAUUCUAUGAGUUAUCUCAGAGCUAUUAUCACCUAGAAGCUAGAAAAGUCAAAUCACAUAAAGAUUUCUUAAAUAAAACUACACAUCAGCUAUUCUAUGUAAGACAUCAGUUUAAAAUUGCUUUCUUCAAUGAGUUGAAACAAGAUUCUCAUACGGCUCUCAAACAUUAUAAACAAGCGUAUGGUCAUAUAUUAGAUCUGAGAAUGUAUGAUACUAAUAUGUUAGAGAUAAAAACUAUGGCAGGUUUUGUCAAUUAUAAGAUCUGUCGUCUGUCAUUUCAACACAAUAUACCAUUAGAUGCUAUAGCUCAAUUCCGUAAACAUAUAGAUUUCUUCAAGUCAACAACUGGUACUCCAGAACUAGCUUUUGAAAAUAGUGCUUGGAUGUCUAAACAAUUUCAGGUAUUUGGAGAUUUAUUUGAUGAAGCUAUUAAACUAGGAUUGACAGCUUUACAGACCCAACAUCCUGGUUUUUACUAUCAACAAGCUGCUAAUCAUUCCAUUACCAGAAAACAACUCUGUCAUGCUCUCUGUAUGAAUAAAACUGGAAUUCCUAAUACUACUAUAUUAGAUGGGUUGGAUAAUUUGGAAUAUUUUGGACAAAGACCAUGGAGACAAGGACAUCAAAGUAUUGACCCACCAGAUGCUCAGAAAGAGAAGGAAGGUAUCCUAGCUUUACAGAUGAAGGAAAAACAAGAAGAUCAUAGUUGGAUCAUCAUACCAUUAUUAAGCAGUGCUGUAGCUCAGUUUAAAAAAUAUAAAUCACCUAGAAUGAAACGACAUUUAAUGGUCCAAAUGGGAGAAGAAUAUUUUCAUGCUAAAGACUAUGGAAAAGCUUUAAUGUUAUUAAAUAAAGUGAUGUGGGAUUAUAGAGCUGAAAGAUGGUCACCAAUAUUAACAUCUAUAUUAACAUUAUCAUUGAAAUGUGCUUAUCUAACAGCUAAAGUACAGGAGUAUGUAUCUAAUUGUAUGGAACUUAGUGGUCAAUAUUCACAAUGUUCUAUAGAAGAGAAAUCCAGAAUAGAGAAAAAUCUUACCAAAGUUAUGUCAAAUGAUGCACCAGAUCCAGAACCAGGUUUAGAUCAAGUAUCAGUAGAAUCAGCUAAGUCUCAGUGGUUAAGUGUAAAAUCAGAAUCAUCAGUUUUUACUAUUGAGAUGUCUACUUUGGUGUCUUUUAUUGAUUGUAAAGCAAGAUUUAUUGGAGAUUCUACAUCAGCUGAUACAAAAGUUAAACUUGAAGUUUACCUGAGAGUAACUUGUCCAUUACCAAUAAGAUUCUCUAAACUGUCUGUACACUUUAAUAAUCAAGUUCACAACUCGAAAUGUGAGAUUUCUGAUGGCAGAGGGAUAACUGCUGCAUCAUCACCAUUGGAAGCUGAUGGUGCUGACCUCUAUCUGUUACCAGGGAAACCAAGAUUGUUCACAUUUUCAUUCCUACCCACAGCAGAUGAUGUUGGUUCUUAUAUUGAGAUUACUAGUGUAGCAUUAGAACUAGGUACAGGAUGUUGUUCAAUAUUGAGAUGGGUUGGUACUGGUACAGAUACUACUAACGGUACCUCACCUAAACUAACUACUACUGAUUCUGGUAUUAGUACUGCAGAUCAGGAGAAAUGGCAACAAUUCAAAUCAAGUUCUACUAUGAAAAUAUUACCAAGAUCAGCUAAACUAAACUUAUCUUUAGUUCAUCAGUCACCUAGUUUAUUAAAUGAGUUUUAUCCUGUACAUAUUAAUAUAUGUAAUGAAGAAGAGAAUGCUAUACAAUCUGUUAAUUUAUAUAUUGCUUUAGAAAAUGAACAUGAGACUUCUCAAGAUCCUGGAGCUCAUAUAAGUUUAGAUAAAGCUGAGAUUGGUGAUAAAAUGAAAGUAAAGGAGAACUUAGAUUUACCUGAUUUAAAGCCAGGACAAAAGAUAGAUAAAUGUUUCUAUAUCAAGUGUUUUCAACCAGGGACAAGAUCCAUAUUAACUAAGGUUAAAUAUACAGUAAUAGUUAGUGUAGGAAUACAACAUAGUUUAACAUGUCAGUGUAUAAAAGAAGAAACUAUUAAUCUUACUACUGUAUCACCAUUUGAUGUUUCUAUAAAUCUUCAAUCUAUGAAGUUUGAACAUGUGGAAGCUCUACAUGCAGAAGAACCAUUCCUAUUAAAUCCUGAAAUAUCUUGUACAUCUCCCUGGCCAAUAGAACUACAGACCAGUGAGGUUCAGUUGGUAUGUAGUGAAUAUAUUAAAACAGUGAGUGAGAAACAUGAAUCACAGAUUACUAGUGUGAAAUUGAAGAAAGCUGAAAGUGCUGCUGAAUGUUUAUGUUUAGUUUCCUUGGCAACCAUUCAGCCAUCUGUCUCUCUUGGUACCUAUACAGUGUUCUGGAGAAGGAGAAAAGAAGAUAAGAAACAGGAUCUACCCUACGUUUCAACCUCUUUCCCUCUACCAACAGUUAAUAUUGAACAUAUACCAAUAUCAGUCAGUUUAAAAUUACCAGCCUAUGGUAGUGUGAAGACAUUAUUACCAAUAUGUUAUGUUAUUAAAAAUCGUACACCCUAUAUACAGGAGAUAGAAGUUAAUAUGGAUGCUAGUGAUAACUUUAUGUUUGCUGGAAAUAAACAUACUCAUUUCCGAGUGUUACCAGGGACAGAUUAUUUAUUGAAAUAUAAUUUAUUUCCAUUGGUUGCUGGUCAUCUAGCACUACCUAAAUUACAUGUUAAUAUGGUUCGAUAUCCUAAUACCAUGGAUGAAAUAAUCCAGAAAAUGUUACCUACACAUAUAUUUAUUAGACCUCUUGGUAAAUCCAUCAUCUUACCAGCCUGAAGACAAUGGGUGAAUUAGCACUUUCCCAAUCAAUUUGUUAUUCUUUGUAAAGUUAAAGUGUAUAAGAAACUUCUUGAUAAUUUUUAUUUAUAAUAAAUGUGCAAUAAAUAGUUCGUAAAAUGAU